CAGAGGCACAACAGCUACGCAUCUGACCUGAUUGCCCACACAAAACUCUACCUGCAGGACCAUCCCCCAAUAGCAGGCUCCAGGCCUUCAACUGUGACAUCCGUGGGCCACGCCUGCCACACGUGUGUCCCAACAGGCCCUGGGCUGGCAGAGCAGCCUCUGAUGGAGGGUGGAGCCCCUGUGCCCAGAGGUCUGUUAGGCCCACAGCACGGGGGCAUCCUCCUGUCCCCCAGCCUGGAGGCUCUCCUGGCUUCCGGUGCCCAGCCCCUGGCCCUCUCCUCGGCCCCACCCGCCCCCAGUGGCCAGACUGGUUCCCAACAAAGGCACCCUCGGAAUGAGCUCUGGGGAGGGAGGCGGCCGCCUCCGCUCGCCCCGCCCCGCACGCCCAGCGCCCAGCCCCGCGGAGGAAGCGCGGUCCGCCCUCCUGCCGGAGCUCUGGGCCGGGGGCCUCUCGGGACCUGGGGGUGGGGAGGAGCGGCACGGGCGAGCAGAGGCUGGUGGGGGACACAUCGAGCCAGCUGCUUGCCCUCUUGGUUAACCCCACAUAGUAGGAUUUUGGAGUUGUGGUCAGAGCGGGUCCGUGGGCUCCCAGGACAAACUCAGAAGUAGCCAUGUCGGUGCAGGUGGCAGUCCCGGGGGGUGCGGGGCUGGGCCCCGAGCGCCUGAAUCCAGAGGAGCUGGUGCGGCAGACGCGGCAGGUGGUGCAGGGGCUGGAGACGCUGCGGGCAGAACACCACAGCCUGGCCGGGCGCCUAGGUGAGGCGCUGGCCGGACAGGGCCCAGUAGCCGGCUUGGAGCUGCUGGAAGAGAAGCAGCAGGUGGUGAGGCACUCGCUGGAAGCCAUCGAGCUCGGGCUGGGUGAGGCCCAGGUACUGCUGGCCCUGUCGGCACACGUGGGCUCGCUGGAGGCUGAGAAGCAGCGACUUCGGGCCCAGGCCCGGAGGCUGGCACAGGAGAACGCAUGGCUGCGCGAGGAGCUGCAGGAGACGCGGCAGCGGCUGUGGGCCAGUGAGGCAGCCGUGGCCCAGCUUGAGGAGGAGAAGAGCCACCUCCAGUUCCUGGGGCAGCUGCGGCAAUAUGACCCACCUGAGGAGAGCCAGCAGCCAGAGUCGCCCCCUCGAAGAGACAGCCUGGCCUCCCUGUUCCCCAGCGAGGAGGAAGAGAGGAAAGGUCCCGAGGCAGCAGGGGUGGCAGCGGCACAACAAGGUGGCUACGAGAUCCCCGCUCGCCUGCGGACCCUGCACAACCUUGUGAUUCAGUACGCGGCCCAGAGCCGCUACGAGGUUGCUGUGCCUCUGUGCCGCCAGGCCUUGGAAGACCUGGAGCGCAGCUCGGGCCACUGCCACCCUGAUGUGGCCACCAUGCUCAACAUUCUGGCCCUCGUAUACCGGGACCAGAACAAGUACAAGGAAGCCACGGAUCUUCUCCAUGAUGCCCUGCAGAUCCGGGAACAAACGCUGGGCCCCGAGCAUCCUGCGGUGGCUGCCACCCUCAACAACCUGGCAGUCCUCUAUGGAAAGCGUGGGCGGUACCGGGAGGCAGAGCCCCUGUGCCAGCGCGCCCUGGAGAUCCGGGAGAAGGUCCUGGGCACCGACCACCCGGAUGUGGCCAAGCAGCUGAACAACCUGGCCCUGCUCUGCCAGAACCAGGGCAAGUUUGAGGACGUGGAACGGUACUUUGCGCGAGCCCUGAGCAUCUAUGAGGCUGUGGGGGGACCCCAUGACCCCAACGUGGCCAAGACCAAAAACAACCUGGCCUCUGCCUACCUGAAGCAGAACAAGUACCAGCAGGCAGAGGAACUGUACAAGGAGAUUCUCCGCCCAGAAGACCUGUGUGCCCCACUCGGUGAGCUGCACCCUCCCUGCUGCUUCCCAAGGGCUCCAGGACCAUAUCCCCACCUCACAUCCUUAUCUGUCCCCCCAGGACCUCCCAGCACUGGCACAGCUGGUGAUGCAAAACAGCAGGUGAGGAAGAGCUCAGCUUGGGCUCCUGGGGUGGCACUGAUCGGUCUGGGUGGGGGCACCAACCACAGCCCCCAACACCCCGGCAGGCCCUUCCUCGGAGCAGCUCCUUCUCCAAGCUGCGGGAGUCCAUCCGGCGUGGGAGUGAGAAGCUGGUCUCCCGGCUCCGCAGUGAGGGCGUGGCAGGGGCAGCUGGGUGAGUGCUGCACAAGGUCCUCAGAGAGCCCUGACACGGGCGCGAAGUCGGCAUGUCCUGUUCAGGAACCUCCUGGGCUCGGCUCCCUCGGCAGCGGCACUUCCCCAAGUGGGCCCUGACAUUCCUGGG